AUGAUGACCAAACCAUAUGGGAAGCCUGGAGAUGUGACUGAGCUUGUCAGCUCUUUGGGCUGGAUUGAAGAAGACCUGAGCUCUCAAGACGGAGAGCAGACUCCAGAAAUAGGAGACCAUUACAGCCUGAACAGAAGGAAUAGCCGUGUCCCGAUGGAUCUUGGGAGUGAGGACAUGGAGGAGGAAGAAGAAGAGGAAGAAGAAGAGGAGGAGGGAGAGUGUAGACUGGAUGGUGAGAAGGCACCAAAACGUCGGGGACCCAAGAAGAAGAAGAUGACAAAAGCUAGGAUGGAGCGUUUCCGUGCCCGUCGUGUCAAAGCGAAUGCCAGAGAGCGCACACGCAUGCACGGACUCAAUGACGCCCUGGACAAUCUACGGCGAGUCAUGCCAUGCUACUCCAAGACACAGAAACUGUCCAAGAUUGAAACACUACGAUUGGCACGCAACUACAUCUGGGCAUUAUCGGAGGUCCUUGAGAGUGGUCAGUCACCAGAGAGUCACGGUUUUCUGGAGAUGCUCUGCAAAGGGCUCUCACAGCCCACCAGCAACCUAGUGGCUGGCUGCCUCCAGUUGGGUCCUACAGCCAUGCUGCUAAGUAAAUUGGAUGAGAAGAGUGGACCUUUGGAAGCAGCGAGUGCUCAGCAGACACACGCUUUGAGUUUCCCUUCACCUGGUCUUCCCAGCCCCCCCUACGGCUCUUUGGAGGCCUCCCACCUUCUUCACCUGAAGGGGUUCAAAGGAGCAACAUAUGAGAACCACUCACCCAACGAGUGUAGCAACGGUACACCGCCUUACGACGGCCCUCUCACGCCACCUCUCAGCAUCAGCGGCAACUUCGCCCUCAAGCAAGAGCCUGACACCGAGAGGAACUACACUCUACAUCCCACACACCCAGCCCACUAUCUGUCUUCGCACCACUACCCAGCAUCCUCCAUGGCUGGAUUGCCUCAGGGCCACGCACUGUUCCCUGGAUCCCGUUAUGAGCUACCUUUAGACAUCACUUUUGAGUCAUUCACUGCGCCACACAUAGUGAGCUCACAGAUCGGCACAAUUUACAACGAAUGA